CCUAAAUUUCUUGCGAUCAAUGCUCUGUCGAUGCUUCCCGCGAUCUACAGCGGCAGCGCAUCGCUGCAGCAUCAAAGAAUCGUCGAGCUCGAUCAUCACCAUACCCCUGCUUCUCACCGCUCUCAAGGCGUGUAGCAGCGCCAGGGAUUUGGAGCUGGGCAAGAGGAUCCACGCCAAUGCUGCCGAGACCGAUCGCACCAGCGACGUCUUCAUCGCAUCCAAGCUCGUCGACACGUACGCCAAAUGCGGGAGCAUGAGCGACGCCCAAUCGGUCUUCGCGGCGAUGCGCGAGGACAGCGUCGUCGCCUGGACGGCUCUCAUGCUGGGAUUCGUGGAGAAUGGCCACGGCGAUUUGGCGCUGGAGCUCUUCGAUCGAAUGCUACGCUCGAGCUGCCGCCCAAAUGCCAGGACCUUCCUCGCGGCUCUCAAGGCCUGUGUGAGCCUCGUCAUAGCCAGAGCUCUUCCGGGUGGAGAAAACUUCCAAGGAACUGAGAAUCACCUUGCGCGAAGAACGGUGCUAGAUCCGGAGAGAACAAUCGAAGGAACUAUCCAUCUUGAUAUUGGAGAGACUGUCCAAGCAGGAGAUUUCUCGCCAAGAACAGUGCUGGAUUCUAGCCACCUUCGAAAGAGCACUGGAGAACUCCACCACCACCUCGAGAGAGCAGUGAAGAUCCAUUCGCUAGCUCGUUCCAGCGGCUGCGACUCGGACGUCUUCGUCGCAAACACACUGGUGGAUCUCUACGCGAAGUGUGGGAGCUUGGAUCGAGCGCAGCGAGUCUUCCAUUCCAUAGCUCGUCCCACAGUGGUGUCCUGGACGUCACUCAUCCUGGGAUACGUAGACGCUGGCGAUGGAGCCACGGCGUUAGAACUUUUCGAGAGAAUGAAGAUCCAAAAUACCUGUCAAGCCGACGCUCACUGCCUCGUCGCAGCUCUCAAGGCCUGCUCGCUCGCUGCCGAGAAAGAAGAGCGCUCCACUGACUCCACCAAACUUCUCGGCCUGGAGAAAACUCGAUCCAUCCAUUCCGACGCUCUUGCUCGCGGCUACGCCUCCAACAUCUUCAUCAGCAGCUCUCUGAUCGAUGCGUAUGCCAAGUGUGGAAGCAUGAUCGAAGCUCGGGCAGUCUUCGAUAGCAUGCCUCGCCACGACGUGAUUUGCUGGACGUCUCUCCUCACUGGCUACGCCGAGAAUGACGAACCCGAGCUAUGUCUCCAGCUCUUCUCUUGCAUGAGGAGCCAUGGCUGCUCUCCAGACGCUCGGACUUUCGUUGCAGCACUCACUGCCUGCUCGAGCCUGGCUGAUCUUGAGACUGGGAAACGAAUCCAGCAAGAACUCUCCAGCCACGGCUUCCAGAACGAUUGCUUCGUGGCAAACUCGCUGAUCGACUUCUACGGCAAGUGUGGCUGCCUGGCUCAAGCCGAGAAAGUCUUCCACGCCAUGGGAAGCUCUAGGCGUAGCUUGGUCUCUUGGAGCUCCCUCAUAGCCGGCUACAGUCGCCAGGGUGAUGCUCAGCGCGUCUUCGAUCUCUUCCAGGCCAUGAAAGACGCUGGCGUCGGCGUGAAUGGCAUCACUUUCCUCUCCGUUCUCACUGCGUGCAGCCAUACCGGUCUCGUUGAACACGGGCGCCGUUACUUCGAAGAGAUGGUAACUCGUCACGCCAUAGCCCCCGAGAUCGAGCACUACCACUGCAUGGUUGAUCUUCUAGGCAGAGCCAACCAUCUGGAUGAAGCUCUGGAAAUGGUGACCACUGUCAUGCCUUUCAAACCCACCGUAGUAACGUGGAAGACCGUCCUGGGUGCUUGUCGAAAGUGGAAGAACGCCAAGUUGGGAAGAGUUGCCUUUGAGAACCUGGUGAAGUUAUACCCCAAGCAGGAUUCAACGUAUCUCUUGAUGUCGAAUCUGUAUGGCAGCCUGGGAAUGUGGGACGAGCAAACCAGUGUUCUUCAUCUCAGGUCCGCUGCUCAGACCUCCAAGAAACCCGGACUAAGCUGGUGGACUGACGAUCGCGGACUCGUCCACGCCUUUAAAGUUGGUGACAAGAGCCAUCCUCAGAUUGAAGCAAUAAACUCGAAGCUGAGAACUCUGGCACUUCAGUUGAAGGAGAACGGGCACGUAGCCGACCUGAGCAGUGUCUUUCACAACAUCUCCGACGUUGACAAAGAAGAUGCUCUGUGUGAACACAGCGAGCGGCUAGCCAUUGCCUGUGCACUCGUCAACACGGCACCAGGAACUGCUAUACGAGUCGUCAAGAGCUUGAGAUUCUGCGAUGACUGUCACUCGGUGAUUGCGGGUGUUUCCAAGCUCGAGCAGCGUCAGAUUGUCUGCAGGGAUUCGAGCCGGUUUCACGUCUUUGAAAACGGAAGGUGCUCCUGUAACAACUUCUGGUAGCAAUCGCAUUGCUGCAGCUUGA